AUGCGGGAUGAGUCAGCCCUGACUCGUCCGUGGGCUCCGUCCUCCGCUCCCACACUCGACUUCCUCCUACCCCCUGCUGCUCCUCAGGGCCGCUACGAGCCGGCUGCCCUCCUUGGAAUGCCAGUCUGGCCCGGGGGACCUUUCAGUUUCUGUUCCCCUGUUGUGUGCGUGCGGAUUGAAACGGGGGUGGCGACGGCUUUUUCCUGUAUAUCAGGUGACUCGGAGCGGCUGCCGCUGCCUCCCAGCCGGGCGAAGCUGCGGGCAGGACACUCGGCUCGGCAGCGGGCAGGAGGAUGGGUUGACGCCGAGGCCGCAGAACAGCCGCGAGGAGCAGCGACUUGCAGAGGGAUUGCUUGGGUGGAGUCGAUGGCUGCCGUCAGGUUUACCCCGGGGAAAGGGCUGAAACGUAAACGAGGCGAGGACGAUGCUGCCCCGCCUACGCCGCUGGCCUUCCAGUGCGACUCGCUGUUGGACCUGUCGCUGCUCAAGCUGCAGCAGAGCUGUGCUGUGGCCGAAUGCAACCUGCGGCGCUCCGUGCUGAUCGCCAACGCCCUGCGGCGCCUGCAGGCCGAGGGAUUGCCGCCGCAGGCCGGCUCCGCCCCCCAGCUCCAGCCCCCGGCCCAGGCCGCGCCGAAGCCCGAGGGCGUGGACCAGAACAACAACCCGGCCCAGGCCGACCUGGGCCUCCUCUCGGGCAACGACUCCUCGCUCUCCUCCGCCAUCUCCAGCAUCCUGCAGGACCUGGACUACGCGCAGGGCCUCAGCCCGGCGCGGGAGCAGGCCUCCGCGGAGGACGACCAGCUGCAGCCCGCGAGGCCUGGCUCGCCCGGCUCCCGGCCCCUCGACUCCAUCUUCGCCACCUUCGAGAUCACCGAAUCGGACGCCUUCCUGGUCGACGGCUCCCUGGACGCCAUCUUUGAGGACAUUGACACCUCCAUGUACGACACCCAGCCGGCCCUUUCCGCUGCGCUCUGGGAGCCAAUCAAGCCAAUGCCAGCGCCAGUGGCCGCCUUCCCUCCCUGCCCGCUGGCCAAAGCCCCCUGCGACCGAUCCUCCAGCCGGGCGCCCAGCGGGCGAACAGACUUUGCCGAUAUAGAGAGUGUGAUGGAUCUGCUGGUCGGAUGAGGCGGGGAGCCCCUGCACUUGCGAGAGAUUUGAUGUGAUGCCGACUGGUUUUUGGAGCUUCCGAGGCU